UUCCUGUUUCCAUAUAUGGAGCCGCGGUUUGCAGCAACGAUGCCAGUCGGAAUCAUCCAGAUCCUCCAGAACUGAAUCGGCUGAUCAAUAAAGUCUCUAAUGCUGCGAUGAUGUGAAUGGAUCCAUCCCGUCAGAACCAGCAGAAUGAACCGCCUGAGUUCGGCCGUACCCGGAGAGCGGUACCUCGCGGACAGCCAGGUUCUGUUCUACCUGAAUGAUGCCGUGACCCAGCUGCUGGACCACAGGGACGAGUACACCCAGUUCGGCCUGGUUCGGUACUUCGCCGAAUAUUUCAGCAGCGUGAAGAACAGCAACCAUGUCCUCUUCAGGGAGCUGAGCUACAUCAGAGCCACGCAGCACAACAGAGCGUCCUUCAUCAGAGUCUUCUGGAGAUGCUUCAGGCAGAUCGGCAAGAGUGGAGAUUUGCUGUCGGUGCAGGAGUACAGGUCCCUGCUGCAGCUGCUGUGCCCUGACUUCCCACUGGAGGCAGUGCAGAGCGCCUCCAGAAUUGUUCUGGCGGACGACGUCUCCGAUGGUCUGAUGUCUUUCUCUGACUUCAUUUAUUCCUUCCAGCUGCAGUUCUGCUACCAAGAGUUCCUGGACAGCGUCCAGGUGAUCUACCAGGAUCUGCUCGCCGGCAAGAGUCCCAACACCGUCAUCGUCCCCACGUCGUCCUCCGUCGAGCAGCUCGUCUCUGUGGCAACCGAGGAGAGCGACAGGGAGGAGCAGCAGCAGGACGCCGUGGAUUCGUCCACGCUCGCCGAGUGUGUGGACGCACUUUGUGAACGGUUCAAGCACAGCUACCCCUCCAGGACGUGCCUGAGGGAAGUACUGGAACAGACAGACAAAGUUUCUUACUACGGCUUCCUCCAGAGUCUGGCCAACCAUGAGAGCAUCAACCAAACGAUCGGAGCGUUACCCAGUAAGGAGGAGCUGCUCAUCGACCCAGAAAUGGACCAGGAACUCGACAAGCUAAUCGCUCAGAUAUCUGUGAGCCCCAGCAGCAACAGCAGUGGCAGCGCCAUUGGGGGGCUGAAGGAGGUGCAGAGGCGCGCCUCCCCACGUAGGAACAUCCACCACCGGAGGAAGAUGGAGGUGGAGAGCGACGGCUCCACCGAGGAAACGGACUCCUCUGAAAACUGAACCGGGUUCAUGGAGUCGCCACAUGGAGAGCUUAGUCUUUAAGGAAAACACAUUGUAAUAAAAUAAUUGCAAUACAAAACCAUCAUGACGUUAGAUAGUGCCGUAUGAACACGUAUCACAGAGGUGGUUCGCUGGUUUUAGCUUCUCUUACUUUAUUUGAGUGUAGCAUGGUUUAACUAUUUUAGCCUAGCUUAACCCAAAUCUAGCUUUGCUUACUUUGAUUUAGUUUUACUUGGUUUAAUGUCGCUUACCCAAGACUAACAUGUGUUAGCUUCACUCAGUUUAGGUAAAAUUAGCUUGAUUCAACUUAGUUUACCUUAAAUUAACCUUUGGUCAAGUAAUUAAAUUAAUUACUUGACCAAAUUUAACUUGGUGCGGGUUAGUUUAGUGUACCUUAGGUUCACCAAGCUAAAAUGAAGUGAGCUAAUCUGACUUAGCUUUGAUUUAGCUUAGCUUAGUUUAAUUUCAUUCAAAGUGAGUUUUCUUAAUUUAGCUUUCUUUAGCAUCUCCUAAUUUUCUCAGUUUUGUUUGUUGUGUUCUACAUUAUGUUAACUUAGUUUAGCUAUCCAAACAUAGCUUAGGCUAGUUUAACAAUUAGCCCAAAAUGCAUUAGCUUGAUUUUAGCUUUGUUUACGUCAAAUCAUGAGCUUCCCUCUUUACUUCUUAAGCUAUUUAUGUUAUGUUUAUACACCAAACUUUCAAGCAAAGCUAAUCAUCUUUUAUCUCUAAUGAAUUUGUGCUACGCUAACCUGCUGUCAUUUCAUUGUGCCAUCAUGAAUGUUACAUCAUUUUUGAAACGAGCUCUAUUGACAAAGCAGACAUUUUCUGAAUGUACCUUACAAACAACAUGCAGCCUGUCUGUUCUUGAAGAUGUCUAUACAUAUAUGAAUAAAUGUAGGAAUACUAAAUCAGUCAGUCCCAUUCAUAUAGUACAAGCUUCUCUUCUUUCCUGAGCUGCUACUGAUGCUUAUGAUACAUUAGAUGUUAAUCCUGUAUCACUCAUUUAUGACUUCUUACUAUGAAAUAUAAACUUAAAAUAUAAUUGAAAAUGUAUGGAGCUUCGCUCACUGACUAAUAAAAGCUGUAACUGUGA